AUGCUUCGACUUGUCGUCUUCUUUGGACUUUUCGCCUCGGCUUUCGUCGCCAGCCAGUGGAUGGGCCAUUGCUCUUGCGGGUUCGUUUUUCUUAUUUAUUUCUCAAAAAAAUGUACAACGACAAGUUUUUUCUUUUUCAAAAGCUCCGGCCAGUGCCUUUCGAUAGCCCAUUCCGCGCCAGUUUGACACCAUUUUUUGUUCGGUUGUAUUGAGACAGAAAUAAGAUUUUUGAAACUUUUUUUCAAGAAAGGGACCAGACCAGUCCAUUUUUGGUACGAACAACGUUCAACCUUUGUUAAUUUUUUCUUUUUUUUUGUGAAAAAAUUGUAUUUUUGUAUGUAUAACGGUUUCAUGAGCAAGGAAACCUUUGGAAAUCACCAGGAAGAGUGAAAUUGAAAAAAGAAAAAAAAUUUCCUCGAAAAAGAAUUGGAAAUUUCCCGCCAACUUCUCCGCCCCCUAGCCUUUCAAGUCGGAAUGGAUUGACUAGACUGUUCAAAAAAACCUUUUUUUCUGUGAAUGAAGUUAUUCCUCCAAAAUAAAGCUGAUUUUCUAGCGCCGGCGGUUGCGGCUGUCCUCCGGCGACGAUCUACGUCCAAGGAGUUCCGCCGCCGGCCAUCUACGGACAUCCGCCGCCGCUUCAGUCGCCUUAUCCGCUAGCGGCGCCGAUCCUGCCUCCGCCGCCACCUCAGCCGGUCUUCGCUGCGCCUCCUCCGCCACCGCCGCCUCCUCCUCCGCCUCCUCAGCCUCACUACGUGACCUACGCCGUCGGACCACCCCCUCCGGCCCCCUAUCCUGGCCUUCUUGGCUAUGGUAAACGUUAA